AUGGCGGCAGCAGUGGGAGCCCCUAGCCCGCUGAACCCGGCUGCGAUCAGUUUCGUGAGCAGGUCAGAGAGCGGCGAGUCGGAGGCAGGGGACUCUCCCGUCCAGCGGUGCAGUAGCCCGGACAGCGAGGCGCAGUGCUCCCAGCCGCUGCCAGAGGGCAUCCCCGCGAUGGAGCUGCCGCGGCAGGAGGAGCCUGAGCACGGUGGCGGCGGGGAGGCCAACGGGCGGGACGUCAUCCCGGCGCCCGCCCCCCGCGCGGGCCUGUCUCGCCAGCGCAGCAGCAGCAGCGGCAGCCUGCACCGCUCCGGAAGCGCCUCGCCGCCCCUGCCUGUGAUGGCCCACCCAGGCAUGGUGCCCACCUACGGCUGGGGUGCGCCCUACCCUGUGUACCACGUCUAUCCACCUCCACACCUCGCCGAUGGACCCAUGGAGCGAUCCGCCUCGCCGCCCGCCGUGUUCCCCAACGGAGGCUCCCCGCCGCUUCCCACCGGCUUCAUCAGCGUGCCUCUGCACGCCAUGGCCGACCCUGGCAGCCCCACCAGCCGCCACAUGUACGGUGGCAGCCCGCCACCCUAUGGCAGCAGCCCACCCUAUGGCGGCAGCCCGCCCUAUGGCAGCAGCCCGCCAGGCAUGGCGGGGAGCCCUCCAGGCAUGAUGUACCUGCCGCCGCCGCCGCCCAUAGUGCACCACAGCGGCGAGUAUGGCAUGGCGCACGCGGCAGCGGCGCGUCACGGGCGUGGCGACGGGGGCAGCGGCGGCGGCGGCGGCGGGCGCCGCCAGCAGCAGCGGCGGCGGCGGGGUGGGGACGAUGUGGAGAUUUUCAACAUCGACUCUGGCUGGAAUGUGGAGGCGCUGGAGGAUGUGGCCCACCUGCUGGGAGGCGACAGCGACGGGUGGUCGGUGGAGGCGGCCGACAGCGGCAACACGGCCGACGGCGGCGCUGAUGAGGGCGGCUGGAGCGUGGUUGCGGUCGGGGAGGAUGAGUGGGUCGAUGAUGGUGAUGAUGAUGAUGAUGAUGAGGCGGAGGAGGGCUCCCCAGGAUUGGGCAGGCAGGCAGGGACGAGCGGCGGGCCGAGCGGCGCCGCCGUGCCCGCGCAGCCCGCCACCUUCAACGGCCGGGUGCUGCGCAGCGCUGAGGAGCAGCUGCUGGCCAGCCUGCCGCGCCACCAGCUGCGCCGCCUGGAGGCUGAGCAGAGGGAGGCAGAUGAAGAGAGCGCGCGGCUGACGCCCGCGGCACGCAAGAAGGCGGCAGCGCGGCUCAAAACGCACCAGCGCCUGCGCGUGAUCGCGGGGGCGGCGGCGGGCAGGCGCCUGCGCUCUCCGCAGGGGGACCAGACGCGCCCCAUGAUGGAGAUGGUGCGGAAUGCCGUGUUCAGCAUGGUCAUGUCGCUGUACGGCUCCCCCACCAGCCUGCCGCCCACCACGCGCUGGCUGGACCUGUAUGCCGGCACGGGGGCGGUGGGCAUCGAGGCGCUGUCUCGCGGCGUGGGGCAGUGCCACUUUGUGGAGAUGAGCCCUUGGGUGGUCAGCAAGUGCCUGAUGCCCAACCUGGAGGCGUGCGAGAUGGAGAGCGCGGCGGUGGUGCACACGGGGAAGGCGGAGGAUUUCUUGCGGCGGGCGCAGCAGCUGAGCCGGUUUGCGGGGGGGGCGUUUGACUUCCUGUCUGUGUGCCCGCCGUACGAGCUGGUGGACUAUGAGGAGAUCUUCGACCUGCUGCACGCCUCGCCGCUGCUGCACGGGGAGUCGAUAGUGGUGGUGGAGUACCCCAAGAAGUUGGCCAGCCUGGUGCGGCAGCGGCUGGGGCCGCUGGAGAAGCUGCGGGAUCGGCGGUACGGGCGCACAUACAUGGCCAUCUACGGCCCCGCCGAGCAGGAGGAUGAGGACAAUUACCUGCUAGUGCUGGACAAGCUGCGGGAUCGGCAGUACGGGCGCACAUACAUGGCCAUCUAUGGCCCCGCCGAGCAGGGAUGA